AUGAAGAGUCAGGAACGUACCACGUCUGAACGUAUACUAGGUAGCCUGAAGGACGGCCCCAAGCGCGCGCUUUCAAUGGAACAACGUCCUCAGCAGGUAUUGAGCGAUAUGCUUAGUCUGUUCCUUCUUCUGGGAUUGCGGGAGGUGGUAACUCCGGCGACUGGGAAUUGUAUGGCGAUGGCAGUAGCACAGGCUUACGCUGAUGCCGACAUGUAUGGCGAGAGUGACGCAUUUGAACGGCUCAUGGCCAGUGCAAAACGAGACAUUCGGUUUGCCUGUCUUCUAAAGUUAGACCACACUUAUGCCCAUGAUGUGCGCGUCCAGGCUCUCCGCAACGUUGGAAGAGGUUGGACAACAAUGAAGCCUGAAUAA